CCGGUGGACCCAGAAGCCCUGUCCCUCAGUCCGCGCAGGCGGCCGCGGUGGCUGUGGCCGCGCCCUAUCGCCGCGGCUGGUCACCGUCGCCCUGGAGCAGUCGCACGGAGGCAGCAAUGCCGCAGCCGGACCGGGGCCUGCUCUGGCUUGGCCUGGUCCUGGGCUGCUCCUGCGUCCCUCUAGUAUCCGCGGCGCUGGGAAACAAUGCCGGAGAUGCUCUAAAUGUCCUUCUAAUCAUUGUGGAUGACCUGCGCCUCUCCUUGGGUUGUUAUGGGGACAAGCUCAUAAGAUCCCCAAAUAUUGACCAACUGGCAUCCCACAGUCUUCUCUUCCAGAAUGCCUUUGCCCAGCAAGCAGUGUGCGCCCCGAGCCGUGUUUCCUUCCUAACUGGGAGGAGACCUGACACCACCCGCCUGUAUGACUUCAACUCCUACUGGAGAGUACAGGCUGGAAACUUCUCCACCAUCCCCCAGUACUUCAAGGAGAAUGGCUACGUGACCAUGUCGGUUGGAAAAGUCUUUCACCCUGGAAUAUCUUCUAAUCAUAGUGAUGAUUCUCCAUAUAGCUGGUCAGUUCGACCUUAUCAUCCUUCCUCUGAAAAGUAUGAAAAUACUAAGACAUGUAGAGGUCCAGACGGAGAACUCCAUGCCAACCUGAUUUGCCCUGUGGAUGUGGCAGAUAUACCAGAGGGUACCUUGCCUGACAAACAGAGCACCAAGCAAGCCAUACGAUUGUUGGGAAAAAUGAAAACAUCUGCCAGUCCUUUCUUCCUGGCCAUUGGGUAUCACAAGCCACACAUCCCCUUCAGAUAUCCCAAGGAGUUUCAGAAGUUGUAUCCCUUGGAGAACAUCACCCUGGCUCCUGAUCCCCAGGUCCCUGCUGGCCUCCCUCCUGUGGCCUAUAACCCCUGGAUGGACAUCAGGCAGCGGGAGGACGUCCAAGCUUUAAACCUCAGUGUGCCCUAUGGCUCAAUUCCUGUGGACUUUCAGCGGAAAAUACGCCAGAGCUACUUUGCCUCUGUUUCGUACGUGGAUACGCAGGUUGGCCACCUUUUGAGUGCUUUGGAUGAUUUUCAGCUGGCCAACAGCACUAUUGUUGCAUUUACAUCAGAUCACGGGUGGGCUCUAGGUGAACAUGGAGAAUGGGCCAAAUACAGCAAUUUUGAUGUCACUACUCACGUACCCCUGAUGUUGUAUGUUCCCGGAAGGACGGCUCCGCUUCCGGAGGCAGGAGAGAAGCUUUUCCCUUACAUUGACCCUUUUGAUUCCAUCUCAGAAUUGAUGGAGCCAGGCCGGCAAGUCAUGGACCUUGUGGAACUUAUCUCUCUCUUCCCCACACUCGCGGGACUUGCAGGAUUGCAUGUUCCACCUCGCUGUCCCAUUCCCUCAUUUCAUGUGGAGCUGUGCCGAGAAGGCCAGAGCCUUCUGAAGCAUUUCCGAUUUCAUGACUUGGAAGAGGAUCUGACCCUCCAUGGUAAUCCCCGUGAGUCCAUUGCCUAUAGCCAGUAUCCCCGGCCUGCAGACUACCCUCAGUGGAAUUCUGACAAGCCAAGUUUAAAGGAUAUAAAAGUCAUGGGAUAUUCCAUACGCACGAUUGACUAUAGGUAUACUGUGUGGGUUGGCUUUAAUCCCCAUGACUUUCUGGCUAACUUUUCUGAUAUCCAUGGAGGGGAACUGUAUUUUGUAGAUUCUGACCCUUUGCAGGAUCAUAAUAUGUAUAAUGACUCCCAAGGUGGAUACCUUCCCCAAUCAUUGACACCUUGAGUUGUGACAACCAUAGAGGGCAUAGAUAAUGUGCUUCCUUCUAGCUGGUGACAGAAUGAGUUAGAGCUGGUUAUUUUGAUUAUUCUUAAUAUGGGAAGAAGUCUGAGGGGCAUGCAAUCAAAACGUGCAUCACCAGUUUGGCCUAAGAAUAUAUAACAGGCAAACAUUUUGAUUUGGUCUUUAUUAAUUUCUAAUUGUUAAUUGAACUGGGGCUUGGCUGAUCCUUUCCUUUUUGUUUAACAGUCAUAGCUUAUUUAUUGAAUGGAUAAGUUGAGAGUGAGCAAACUGAAGUCGUUGUUCCUUUAGAUAUCAGACCAUAAUAACCAAACAUAAAGCUACAUUCUAGAAAUACUAUUAUUUAUGGAACUUAGUGCAUUUCACAAAGUAAGCAUAUACCAAAUUAGAUUUGACACCAAGUUUCUGGUUCUUUUGUUUAUAAUUUAUCUUAUUUAGCCCAAUGUAGUAAAAAUAUUGUCAACAUGUAAUCCAGGUUUCUUUUUAAAAUGUAAAGUUAAAUAAUAAUGCUAGAUGCCAAACUCUUAAAAUCUUAUCUUAAAUUUUUGUUUCCAGGAUUGCAAAAUUUCAAAAUUCAAAGAUAAAUUUAUAUGAAGUGAUUAAUGUGGAAUUUCUACAUUGAAUAAUAAAUAAUACUCAGUAAACUAGAUAUGAAAUGUAUGAGAAAUUCAGUUAAAAUUUUUUAGAGACUUUCUGACUUAAAUAAUAAUUUGUAAGUAAAUAAUAUGACCCACGGACCCAAAGGCCAUCUAUUAAAAGACAUUGUUAUUUACAAUGGCAAACAGUUAAAGGCAUAACUGUAUCCAUGAAUUGAGUUACUCACAACCUUAUUAGUGUUCUUCCUCAAGGGUGUUCUCUUGCAGACAUUCAUUUAUCCAGGAUUCAAGAAAUAUUCUACUUUUAAUUACUGAUUAAAGAAAACAUUAAUUUUAUUAAAUUCUAAAUUAUUUUGAGAAUUGUGAAAACUUUUCAUUAGUAUAAUAUUAGGUAAUUUCUAUUCCCCAAGAAUAUAGUUCUAUAUUCCCUAAAUAUGGAAGUAACCAAAAAUACAGGGGGUAGUGAUAAGCUUAGCCUAUGUCAUCUUAAAAAGGAUGCAAUAUUCACAACUCAUAUUUUCCAUAUGUUGAAGCUGAUUAAUUAUCAUUAGUCAUCAGAAGAGUAAUCCACUUUCUAAAUAAACAUCUAAUGUAGUCCUGUAUCAAAGAGACUAAUUCUUAGUAUUUCUGUCUGUACAAGUGCUUCAUUGUUUAAAGGGAAAUGUUUGUGAAACAAAAUACAGCAAAUUAGGGUAAGUUACUGUAGUAUAUUAAAUGGUAACCAAAAAAGGCAAGAUAUUAUAUUAAAAGAUUACCUAAAAUCAGUAAAAUUUCAGAAAGGUGUUUUUUUUUAAUUUGUUUUUUGUUUUUACUAAAUAGCCCACAAUAGAGGUAUAUAUGGUAACACAGUGACCUUCUAAAUGAUUGACUCAGUGUUCUGGCAACAGUAAUUUCUACUUCAGGAGCAAAGGCCUUACUCAUCUCCCCCAUUCCUGAAGCUCACCUCUCUGUGGAAGUCUCAGCUUCACAUGUAGAUGGUUUCCCUCAGCGUUUUCUUUCUAUGCUUCAUCUUCUUCAUGGCACUUAAUCAUUUCCACUAAGAUUUUUACAAUCCAAUCUGUAAAUUUCUCAUGACAUAGCUUCAGUGUAUUUAGCUUUAUUUCCUACUCCAUAAUUAUAACACAGGGUUUUAUUUUGCAUUCAUUUGUUGUUCCUGUUGGCUACAAUAUGUACACUCAUCAUUUUUUCUCACUUGAUUUCUUGAAGCAGUUUUAUUAUCAAAAAUCUCUAAAUUCUGCUCUUAUUGAAAUCAUAAGCUGAACUAUGCCAGAAGAGAGUGAAGUCAGAUGUGCAUCUGUCAUUUUGACAGUAAUUUACCUGUGUUACCAAAGCCACAUCUGGGUCUUGCAUGUUGAUCUGUCUCUGCUGAAAGUGCUUCUGCCUUAUCUUUGCUACAAGAGUGGGUGUAGCAUCAGAAUGCUUCAGCUCUCCUUAGGUUGUAGUUUUUCUUUGCCUCCCUUUACAGAUGUCUCCUUUUAGAAGUGAAAGCUGCAUUUCACGUUCAGUACCAUGCUUUUCUAAUUCAUCGAACAGGUUAUGGUUGCUUUUUUUCUUUUUGAUACUGAACCCAAGUUAGAGACACUUUUGUUUCCUUUUGCAUGUCUCCAACACACAGUGGGAUAAGCAGCCACUUCUGGUUUUUAGGUAUCAAAGCUGACCAUGUUCUUUAUCUUGACUUAGUUUAAAUAAACCACAUCUUU